GUAAACGUCGAUUUCCCCACGAAAUUCAAGCUCGAAGUGAAAAUCAAAUCAUGUAUUAUGUACCGAGAGGAGGGAACAGAGGAGGACAGGAUCAGUUCACAUGGGAUAGUGUGAAGAGCGAUAAGGAUAGAGAAUGUUAUUUAGGUCAUUCUCUGAAAGCCCCUGUGGGUCGAUGGCAGAAAGGGAAAGACCUCCAGUGGUUUAACAAGGAACGGAAAGAAGGAGAAUUGUCUGAGGCUGAGGCAGUACGUCAAGCAGAGAAAGAGGCCUUAAUGAUAGCUCUAGGACAAAAGGUCCCAGCAAAGCAGCCAGCUCAAUCUGUGAAGACAGAAGUAAAGAGAGUCUCCUCAAGCCCAAGCCCUCCACCAAAGAAGAAAAAGAAGAAAAAAAAGGAGCCAGAGUCUGGUAGUUUAGAUGAUCUUCUACUUCAGAAACUCAAAGGAAAGAAAGGGUUAGAAACAUUGAAAGAGCUCAAGGAGGAGAAAAAGAAGAGUUUAGAAAAGACAGGAAGGAAUACCAAACAGUUGAAGAAGAAGAGGAAGAACAGACGUCAUGAUGAGAGUGAUUCUGAUUCUACAGAAGACUCUUCAAGCUCUGAAUCGGAGUCCAGUGAUGGUAAAACAAAAUACAGCAAGUCAUCAAGAAAUAGCAAGAGAAAAUCGUCAGACAGGUCAUCAACAAGAAAACGUCAUAGUUCAGAGAGCGAUGAUGAAAGUGAUUACAGAGGAAGGAAAGCAAAAUCAAGAAAUGACAAGAGAAAAUCGUCGACAAGAAAACGCCAGGUGUCGGACAGUGAUGAUGAAAGUGAUUACAGAGGAAAGAAAGCAGGAUCUAAAAGCAACAAGAGACAAUCGUCUGACAAAUCAUCAAUAAGAAAGCGUGAGAUAUCGGACAGUGAUGAUGAAAGUGAUUACAGAGGAAAAAAAGCAGGAUCUAAACAUGACAAGAGAAAAUCGUCCGACAAAUCAUCAAUGAGAAAACGUGAGAUGUCCGACAGUGACGAUGAAAGUGAUUACAGAGGAAAAAAGGCAGGAUCUAAAAAUGACAAGAGAAAAUUGUCCGACAAAUCAUCGACGAGAAAACGUGAGAUAUCGGACAGUGAUGAUGAAAGUGAUUACAGAGGAAAGAAAGCAGGAUCUAAAAAUGACAAGAGAAAAUCGUCCGACAAAUCAUCGACAAGAAAGCGUGAGAUAUCGGACAGUGAUGAUGAAAAUGAUUACAGAGGAAAGAAAGCAGGAUCUAAAAAUGACAAGAGAAAAUCGUCCGACAAAUCAUCGACGAGAAAACGUGAGAUAUCGGACAGUGAUGAUGAAAGUGAUUACAGAGGAAAAAAGGCAGGAUCGAAAAAUGACAAGAGAAAAUCGUCCAACAAAUCAUCGACGAGAAAACGUGAGAUAUCGGACAGUGAUGAUGAAAGUGAUUACAGAGGAAAAAAGGCAGGAUCAAAAAAUGAAAAGAGAAAAUCGUCCGACAAAUCAUCGACAAGGAAACGUGAGAUAUCGGACAGUGAUGAUGAAAGUGAUAACAGAGGAAAGAAAGUGAAGGACAGUGAGAGAAGGAACGAAGGGCAGACAGGAAGGUCAGAAGGCAGGAGAGAAGCAAGGAGAGACCGUAUGAAAGAUUCUUCUAACAGUGAAAGUGAGGAUGAAAGCUUUAGGAAAAAGAAGAAAAGAGAUAGAAAUACAAGUGAUCAGAAGGAUCAAACGUUUGGAAACAGAAGAAGACAAGGCAGGGGGAUGUCUAGUAGUGAUAGUGAUGACAGUCAUGAGAAGAAGAAUAUCAAAAGGAGACUUGGCAAUAAGGAGAAGGUGCAUGAUAAGAAACAGAGGAGCCGAUCUUCUGACAGCGAUGAAGAUGAUGAAAGAAAGAGAAGGAAAGACGAGAGGUCAACACAUCGGACGGACAGAGAUGAAAGCAGACUGGGAAGAAAUCUUGCAAAAAUAGACAGAAGGGCAGAAACGGAAGGGAGAGAAGAUAAUCCCAAACAAAAUAGGAAGGAUGACAGCAGGUAUAGAAGGGGAGAUGAAUAUGAAGAGGAUAAAAAGCGGAAGGGAUCUACCAGAGAGAAUCAUGAUGGAAGAAAUGGAAAUAAGGCUGAAAGUCGUAGGAAAGAUAGAAGAAACAGUGAUUAUGAUUCAGGAAGAACGGACCGGUCUGCAGAGAGAAAAGAUGAUGUGAGAAAGGAAAAGGGGAGGGAAGAUAGACCGGGGUCAGAUACAAGGGAUAAGAACGAUGGAAGGGGUGGUUCUGGAAGAAAAGAUGACCACAGAAAGGAUAGAUCAAGAAAUUUAGAACUGCACAAUCCUUACGAUAAACCUACCGAUCUUGAGGAAAGGGGGAAGAAAAUGCUUGGUGAAUUUUUCAAGCAGAUAAUAUGAUUUUGUCAAACUGAAGGCAAUAUUCUAGUUCACAAGUCAUUAGG